AUGGAAAUGCAGGACACGCCGAUGACCGUCCAACUGGGACGAGGAGCCAGGAUUCAACUGGCUAAUGCUGCAAUUGAGACUGGAAACACUGGAGCCACUAUUCACUUUGGUGGACUCGAAUUCUCAGCAGCUACUGCAAGAGAUGUAGCCGUCCCUGUAUACGACAUAAAUUCUGAAAAGCUUUCUGGAAGAUCCCACUCUAAAAGGACUGCUGCCAGAGGUGCUACUCAAGGAAGAACUUCUGUAUUCGAAAGACUAUCCCAACCUGAGACCCUUACUGCAAAGAGGGUUGUUCAUGGAAGGAAGGUUUCCGUGGUGACUGCAAACACCACCGCCCUGCCCAGAGAGCCUGUUGCACCUGGGAGGCAUGAUGCUGAAGCUUCCUCAUCUGGAGGAAGGCUCAACAGAAGGCAGAGGAGGAAGCGAAAUGCAGAGCUACGUGCUCAGCAGCUGACAGUACCAGUUCAUCCCUCCAAUCUGUCAGCACCAGAACCAGAGAUCAAUAUUCCCACUCGAAAUAAGUUCUCCAACCUGAGGUGGGUAAAGAGAAAUAGCUCUUCUGGUGAGCUCAAGAAAUCUUUUUGGGAGCGUCAGCUUGAAGUUCCAGCCCCUCAGAAGAUAAGAGAGCCCGAACGUCUGUCUGCCCGGGUACACCGUGUACUGAAGACAGUUAAGGAGAAGGGCUUAAUGAAAAAGAAGUUCCAGAGGCCACUGAUUGUUGAGGCUCGAAGAACUCCUCCAAGAGAUAGACUAUCAUCUGCUGUGAUAGUUGAAAGAAGGGAUUACCGACAACAAGUUCCACACGGUGAGCAUUGGGGCGUGACACCUGAACCAAAUGUUCGGGGAUCCACUGCCGAAAGGUCCCGGUGGAAGGGCAAACCAGUUUGGAGGCCGAAGCCUCGAAAGGAAAAGAUCUUUGAAGAAAAAGAUAGAUCAGGCAUGACAUCCGGAGCAGUCUCCCGGAGAUCCGCCCCUGCCAACAGAACUCGUCAGAAAUGGGUCCAAAAGAAGGCCCAUAAUGACGACAAUUAUAAUGACAGUCGACAUCCUGGAGAGUCUUCCAAGAGAUCCCGUCAUUCUCCUACUUCAACCAAAGAGGAUCUUCAUUUUGAUCGUAGUCCACGGGUUGAAGAAAUAGUCAUCGCAAAUCAAGAACCUGAAAUUCAGUGGCGCCGUCGCUUAGAAAUUCAGAUGCAAAAAGAUGAAGAAGACUAUGACGUUGAUGAUACUAUGAAAAUCGAGGUGGUUCGUAUGGUCAGACACGUCGAUGUUGAAGAGGAAGAAGGUGAUGAUGAUGAAGAAGACCAACAAUCACAGCCACACGUACGUACUUAUCGACGUCGCCACAGGGCUAGAUCCAUUGCCACCCGAAGUGCUCGCUCCUCAGAAGAAGGAGAUGAAGAAGAAGAGGUCAGAGAAAACCCUUUUGCUGGCGAAGAUAUUACACUCGCUGAAAUGAGAAAUCAAAUGAGGCGACAAAUGCGAAGAAAAGACAGAGAAAUCUCUCAGUUAAAUGAUAAAAUGACUGAGAUGAUGACUCAAAUGACGGCCAUGAUGGAAAUGAUGCAGAAGACCACUUCUGUGGGCCCUGCACCGGUUCAGCCCGUUAACCAAGCCGCCAAUUCUCAAAACCCUCAAGCGCCUCAAGCCUCAGGAGUGAAAGGUGUACUUGAAGGUGGCGAUAAAAAUGAUGACCCAACCCGCCAGCGCACUCCCCAAAAUGUGGCGAAUACCUCUGAACCUGUAACUGCAUCGCAGUUGGAAGGCUUAAUCAGCAAAAAGAUUAAGGCCAUUAUAGCUGCUGAACAGGCAGAGAAGUUGUUCAAAGCAACCUGUGGAAAUACAGGAGGUAAUAAUGCUCUGCUAUUCAGGCAAUUCGUGAGCAGCUUGAGUGGAACUGCUUUCGAAUGGUAUGCCGAACUGCCGAAUGAUUCACAGAAGACCUUCGCGAAGUUGGAGACCUUGUUCGUAAAAAGAUUCGCCAGUGCAACAGAGAAGACCACCAUUGCUGAUCUUGCCCUUGAUAAAAGGAGGAAAGAUGAAUCAGUGACGAGGUAUAUAACACGCUGGCGCAAUCUCAGUAUGAAGUGCGAGCAGCAGCUAGAGGAAGAACAUGCAGUUCAACUGUUGAUGGGAAACAUUGAUGAUAAAAUGCAACCCUUCUUAUGCAUGGCUUCUAUUACCACCUUCCAAGAUCUAUUGGAUAGGGUGGCUAAAUUUGAGAAGUUAAACUUAUCAAAGUCUGAAAGCUUCCCUGAUAAACCUAAAAAGGCUAAGGCGCCUGACGCCAGAAAGAAUGAGGUCUACUCUGCAUUCCCUUCCAGACCUGAUAAAGGUAAACGGGUAGUAUAUAAUGUAGACAAAGGAAAGCAGUCUAUGCAAUAUGAAGAAAAGCCAAAGCAGGCUUACAAUCCAAACCCUCAACCAAAGCUGGUUCUUGGAGGAAAUGAUAAACCUCGAGCCUUUCCUGGUGGAGGAGAGCGCCAGAGGAAGACUGCAGGAACUGGUGAUAGAACGUUCCCCUCCCUCAAGGAGAAAAUGAAUAGAGAAUAUUCAUUUAAGAGGGAGAGUGUCGCCAAGCUAUUCCGACAAGCACUCAAAGCUGGUCUAGAAUUGCCGGAAUGCAAAAGACCUGAAGAGUCUAAACACAGUGGCGACCCGAACUAUUGCCCGUAUCAUCGGGUAGUUAGCCAUCCGAUUGAAGAUUGUUAUGUCUUCAAAGAUUGGCUGGAAAAGCAAUAUAAAAUGGGAGAAUUGACAUUAUCAGAUAAUGUGUUAGUUCGUCCCAGAAAGGAAUCCACCCGGGUAGUCACGUCCUCUUCCGUAUUCCCGCUUAAAGAAAAAACGCAAGGACCUAUUCAAGAUGAUCAAUGGGAGACCGCGGUCUCCAAGAAGACAACUAAAAUGUUGAAACAGCUAGAAGGAGUGCCGGGUAUCAAGUGGAAGUCCCCUACUGAGCCG